GUAAAAAAUCGGGUUUUGUUUGACCGGGAGCUGUCAAGUUUAGGGAUAUCGAGUGGAAAAGCGGAUUUUAGGGUGAAGGGUAAAAAAGGGGGCGCUUCUCGCACUUUAGAUGAACUGAGGACGUGGAACAGCGGUACUAAAUGCGCAGUGCUUAGAGUCCUCCAUUGCUGGUAUUGGUGGCUCAAUUGGAACUUUGUCAAGUUUGUGUUUUUUUUUUCCUCUGAUUUUACCCCAAGUGACGAUUAAGCAAAUUGGGGGGGGGGGGGCAAAAAGUGUUUUUAAUCCUAAACACAAGGCCCUAUGUUGCAGGGUGCCCAAGUAACAUCCACCAUGAUGUCAGAAAAGGCUGUUUUGUGCAACCAAAACGAAUGGGAUGUUGUUAAGAAUUGUGUGUUGUCGCUGCCAGUCCCUUUUUUUUUUUUUCAUGUUGUUGUUGUGUCUGAGUAAUUAAUUAGACUUCCUUGGUAAGUUUUAAAAUAUUGGUUUUGUGAUCCAAACUUGUCAAUUGGAAAGUUCUUCGACAAACAAACGACUGGGGUGUCUCCAACAGGGUACGGUUUGUGUAGCUUUUUGCAACCUAAACAGAGACACUGUGACAAAAUAGAGACAAAGCUUGACAAAGCUACAGUGAUUGCAGCAUGCUUUGCCACAUGCUGUUUUUCAUAAAAAGCUUCCAACUUGCGAUAAUUGGAACUUUUUACCCUACUGCUACUACUACUACAUUUGAAAUGACAAACGUACCACAGAGUCACACUGGGAACUUUCCUAAUGAUUACCUCGUUGAAUUGUGCACGGAAUAAUAAAUCAUUCGAGCAGACCAAUGAGAUGAAUUGCAUCAGGUGAGUUGGAGAAAAGGAACCAACUGUCAUUGCUUGAGAAAUAACACUGGUGCGAGUAUUCCACGAGAGCGUGCUUUCGGGCUUGUUGUUCCCCGUAUGCCGCCUCAGCUGUUCGUUUCUGGUUUCGGUUUGAAGUUAUGACGGUGACGAUGGCGCUGUUGCUCUCCGUCGUCUGCUAACUUCCUGUAUAGGUGGCGCGGCCGUUUGUCAACAUCCGCUUCUGCACAAGAACGUGGAUCCGUUGCCGCAAAUGCUGUCGCUCACGAUAAAAGAGCUCGCAAGUAACCUCAGAUCACGAAGAUGGUCCCCCAGCGACGUUUAUGACUCUUGCCUCAAACAAAUCGAGGCUAUUUCUCCGCUCAAUGCGUUUGUCACCGUCGCUGAGGGAUCGCAAGCGGUCGAAAGCCAGCAGCGAUGGGAACGGAAGGAGACUUUAGGUGUUCUGGACGGAGUUCCAAUCGCAGUGAAGGAUAACUUCUGCAUCAAAGGAGUGCGUACGACAUGUGCGUCUAAAAUGCUGGCUAAUUUUUGCCCACCGUACACCGCAACGGUGGUCGAGAAGCUCCGACAAAAAGGCGCCGUUAUUGUCGGCAAAACAAACAUGGAUGAAUUUGGCAUGGGUUCUGGCGGUACGGACUCCGUAUUUGGUCCGACGAAGAACCCUUGGAAAGCAUGCACAGAAUCUGCAACGGCUGACGACGACUGGUACAUUCCUGGAGGAAGCUCAGGCGGCAGCGCGGUUGCCGUGGCGACCGGCGCGUCGUACGGUGCGCUGGGAUCGGACACCGGCGGUUCAACCCGCAACCCGGCUUCUCGGUGCGGCGUGGUCGGACUGAAACCCACUUACGGAACCGUCUCCCGUCACGGACUGAUACCGCUCACGAAUUCCAUGGACGUCCCAGGGAUAUUAGCUAAGUGCGUCGACGACGCAGCGAUUUUAUACGAAGCGAUGGCGGGGUUCGACCCUCUGGACUCGACGACUGUUCAGACGAGAGACGAGAUGCGAGAUACGACGCUUUCGGAAGAACCAUCCGUGUCUGGAGUUCGCGUAGGAAUCCCAGCGGAGUACUACUGCGAAGGCAUGUCUUCCGAAACGUUGGAUACGUGGCGUGAAAUCGCCGACAUACUCGACCGUUUAGGGGCCGUCGUGUCUCCGGUGUCGCUCCCACACUCGCGGUACUCGACCGAGUGUUAUUCCGUCCUGAACGCUUGCGAAGUCGCGUCGAAUUUCGCGCGGUACGACGGGAUCGAGUUCGGACAUCGCGCCGAAGACGAGUCUUCGACCGAAGCCCUUUAUGCGGCCACCAGGCACGAAGGAUUCAACGAAGUGGUGCGCGGGAGGAUACUGGCUGGGAACUACUUUCUCUUGCGCAAGAACUACGAUCAAUUCUUUAACAAAGCGCUGAAAGUGAGACGGUUAAUAUGCGAAGACUUCGACAAAGUGUUUCAGUCUGGGAUAGAUCUGCUCUUGACACCCGUGACGCUCACUGAAGCCGUGAAACAGUCAGAAUGGUACAGAAAGGACAACAGACAGCGUGCGUCGGUUGAAGACUUCUGCACGCAGCCGGUCAACAUGGCGGGUUUGCCCGCUGUCAGUGUACCGUGCAGGUUGUCUGCGCAGGGCCUGCCUUUGAGUCUUCAGCUGAUAGGGCAACGAUUUUGCGAACCCCUAAUGCUAAACGUGGCCAAAAGGAUUGAAAUGGAGGUGAUGUUCCCUAGGCUAGAUACGCAAAUUCAUGCGACGGGACAGUGUGGUUGAUACUACUUUAUGUAGAUAGGAGAAAAACCUCGUGUCUUCCUUCUGUAAUGCGGGUAAAAUUACUAGUGACUUUGUAAGAAGUUGGAAUAAAGCAAGUGACUGUUUGCUGUGACA